AUGCCUGGUAUCGACCUGAACAUCAUAUGUCACCGACUCCACGUCAACCCUGCCUGCAAACCAGUGGCACAGAAGAUACGCAACUUCGCACCUGAGCGGGUCUCCAUCAUCGAAGCCGAGAUUGAUAAACUCCUAGCUGCCGGCUUCAUUGAAGAGGUCUCCUACUCGGAGUGGCUCGCUAAGGUUGUUCUAGUGGCAAAACAAGAGAAGGGAAAGUGGAGAGUCUGCAUCGAUUACACCGACCUCAACAAAGCGUGCGCAAAAGACAACUUUCCAUUGCCGAGAAUCGACCAACUAGUGGAUUCCACUUCCGGCAAUCAGCUACUCAGCUUCAUGGACGCCUACUCCGGCUACAACCAAAUCUUGAUGCACGAGGAUGACAAGCCAAUCCCUAGUGAGGACUUGUUCGUGUACCUGGCAGUGUCCAACUCAACUGUCAGCUCAGCUCUCAUUCGAGAAGAGCUAGGGGCCCAACAUCCGGUAUUCUACACGUCAAAAGAUCUCCUUGAUGCAGAGACUCGUUACCCAAAAUUGGAGAAACUCAUUUUGGCUUUUGUAGUUUCCGCGAGAAAGCUAAGACCUUACUACCAAGCUCAUCAAGUCAUCGUCAUGACUGACUUUCCUUUGAGAUCAAUCCUUCACAGCCCUAAUGCUUCUCAGCGACUCAUGAAGUGGGCUAUAGAGCUAAGCCAAUAUGACCUCAUCUACCGGCCAAAAGCUGCAAUAAAAGCCCAGGCUUUAGCAAACUUCGUGGUAGAGUUCACCCCAUCAGCCGAAGAAGAGAAAUUAGUCAACAAAAAUAAGGAAAGUUCAAGAGCAGACGGGACCUCCGCUAGACCUAGCCAACUUAGAGACACGUGGCAAUUGCGGGUAGACGGAGCAUCAAACCAAAAAGGAGCUGGAGCGGGUGUCGUCAUCAUCACCCCAGAUGGAACCUUGUUGGAGCAAGCUAUCACGCUUGGCUUCCCGGCCUUGAACAACGAGGCAGAAUACGAGGCACUGCUCGCCGGCAUGCGCUUGGCGAAGGACCUCGCAAUUAUGAAGCUAGCCAUCUACUCAGAUUCCCAGCUGAUCGCGAAUCAAGCCUCAGGUGAAUACAUGGCGAAGCACCCAAGGAUGAUCUUGUACCUUGACAAAGUCCAGGAGCUGUUGAAGGCAUUUCCUACCUUCACCAUCCAACAAGUACCCCGGGCAGAGAACGCGCAUGCAGAUGCACUAGCCAGUCUAGGGUCAGCGCUCGAUACCUAG